GACUCGAACUCUCUCAAAACCAGCCAUGGACGUCGACAUGAAGACCAAAGAAGACAUAGAAGAGGUCAAACAGAGCCUCAGUAGUAGCAGAGACCGUGACCGCGAUAGAGAACGGGAUAGGGACAGAGAAAGGGACCGAGACCGCGACAGAGAAAAAGAUAGAGACCGUGAUCACGACCGGGAUAAAGACCGGGAUAAAGAGAGGGACAGAGAUAGAGAUAGGGAGAGAAGAGACCGUGACAAAGACAGGGAUAGAGACAAAAGGGAGAGUGGUCGCUCUCGACGUGGCGGUGGUGAUCAUUGGGAACCAGAAGAACGGAGAAAUGGGGACCGAAGAAAACGUUCUCGUUCUCGUUCUCGCAGACGCUCUGCUUCUCCGCGUAGACGUUCCCGUCGCUCCCGCUCCCGGUCUCGUUCUAGGACACGAUCACCUCGUAGCCGAUCCAGAAGUCGUGGAGAUCGUAAGGCUGCUGAACCUUUUGCUCGUUCAUUAGGUGGUCCCAUGAAUGCAGACCACGAGGAAGCAGUCGAGUUCGCCAAAAUCAGCAAGAGAGAAAACCGCGUUUACGUCGGCAACCUGAGUUACGAUGUCAGGUAUCGUGACCUUAUGGAAUUUAUGAGGGGAGCUGGAGAAGUAUUGUUCGCCGAAGUACUUAUUACUCCGACUGGGGUUUCCAAGGGUUGCGGGAUUGUCGAAUUCGGUUCUGUGGAAGAUGCUCAACGUGCGAUCCGUGAGUUGUCAGAGAUGACCUUGCUCGGUCGGCCUGUCUACAUCCGCGAGGAUCGCGAGAAUGAAUCUCGAUUUGGUGCCACACCUGUUCCUGGUAAGAUGGGCAUGGCUAUGGCUGGGCAGGGCUUCAAUGCUCCCCCGCCACCACGUCCUCCAUCUCAUAACCUGUACGGAAACCACGCCAAUCCUGGGAACCAACUUUAUGUCGGUAACCUCCCGUAUCAAGCCGGAUGGCAAGACCUCAAGGACCUUUUCCGUACCGCUGGUAACAUUGUACGGGCUGAUAUUAACAUUGGUAUGGACGGACGUCCCAAGGGUUCUGGCACCGUGGUCUUCGAAACAGCGAAAGAUGCUCAGCAGGCGAUCAACAUGUUCAAUAGUUAUGAUUGGUAUGGCCGUAUUUUGGAAGUCCGAGAAGAUCGUUAUGCCGGAUUGUCCGGACCCGGCAUGGGUUUCAGAGGUGGUUUCCGUGGCGCUGCUCGCGGCGGUUUCCGUGGCGGGUUCAGAGGUGGAUUUCGCGGUGGUGGGUUCCGUGGCGGAUUUGGAGGCGGUGCUGGUGCUGGUGCUGGUGCUGGUCGUGAUUUUUCAAACCGUGAUAUCUACGCAGACUAUUCUGGCCCUGAUCAAGGUGGUGUGGGUGGGGGCUAUGGCGGAAAUUUUGCCGGCGGCGGGAUGUAUAGUGGUUACGGAGCCGAACCCGAGCCUAGCCAACAAAUCAUGGUCCGAAAUCUGCCAUGGUCAACUGCCAACGAAGACCUUGUAGAACUGUUCGAGACCACUGGUCAGGUUGAACUGGCCGAAAUCCUAUUUGACGGAGCUCGUUCAAAGGGGUGUGGUGUUGUUCAGUUCGCACAAGUGGCCGAGGCCGAAACCGCCAUAGCCAAAUUCCAACAGUACAUGUACGGCGGACGGCCGUUGGAUGUCCGCUUCAACGACCGCUGGCAUACUUUCACCCCAAGUGCCGCCAAGGGAGGGCAAGUAGCUGCUAUUCAAGCGGAGGCUUAAUGCAAAAGUACAUAUCAGUGCACUGGCUUUAAAUUGACGUCAUUGUUUUCCUGCCCACUUCAUCUUGUAAUUCGCGACCUCAGCUUAAAAAAUUCAUUAUGCUAAUUCACUUCGCGAGAAAACGACACUCC